CUUGUUCUAUGAUAGUGUGUGAAGAAAUGGAGAUCUUUCCCAAUGUGGCAAAAAUGAAAAUAUUGUGGGUGGCAUCACGUUGGAGUUGAACUUUAUCAAUGGUCUGAUAACUCGGAUUAUGACAUGUUUCUAACGCUGUCAGAAAGCCCUUGCCAUUCACAAGACUCUUAUGACAAAACCAUGUCGUUCAGCACACUAUUUAAGAAAGCGUCAAACUUUCUGGGGUUGGCGAGUCCAGAUCAGUUAAAACCACCCCCUCUGGAUGGUGAGAUUAUCUAUUGUAAGAAUAACGUGUGUGUUCACCCGCCAGCACCACUCACCCUGGAUGUUGCCCACUACCCUGGCUACCUGACACUGAAGUCGCAGAAUGAUGAGAUGUCUGGUCCAACUCUCAUUUUAACCUGGAUACCAAAUACAUCACUUAAACGGAACCCUAGCAGUAUAGAAAACAGUCCUAACAGAUCUCGCAGGAAUAGUCCGCGAGCAAGCCCGAGGAAGCAUGCCCGUCAAGAGUUCGCCAAAGCUGACCAAAUUGUGUCCUCCCCUAGUGUCAGCAUGUCCCCACGGGGGUCAACCGUGUCCAGCUGCAGUGAGGUGAUGACCGGCUCUGUGGGAGGCACAUCUUCUGCGCAAGCUGCAGCUGCCGCCAGCCAUGACGAUACACUGUCCACUACAAGCUCAGAGACAUCUGUAUCCACAAGCCUGCGGGACGAACGACAAAGCUGUGAGAGUGUUGAACAAGGCGAUGACAAAAGCUCCAGGUUGAGUUCCAGCUGUAGGUCUCAGUGCGACUCUGGCAUAGGUGCAGAUGAGAUAGCUCAGCUCAUCAUACAGAAUAAUGAAAAAGGUGGGUUCUCUGCUGGCAAAGUACAAGGGGUCGGAGUCAAUGUUAAUAAUCUGAACUCUGCUAAAGAGGUUAACCUGAAACAUGACCAUGGUAGGAUCCUGGAUCACACAACGAAAGACAGGGACGGGGAGAACAGCCCGUCAAGCGACAGCGAUGGUUUGACAGCCGAGGAACAACUUGCAGCGCUGCUACAGAGGAACAAGCUGGAGGACAAGGUGAGAGAACGGAAGAGCUCCAAGUGCUCAGUCAGCAUAGAGAUGGAAGGAGACAAGCUUGUGGUGGUCACUCAAGAAUUAGAGGGACAGACUGAGAUUAAGCCAGAAGACACGGAUGUUAACAUCAAUCCUGAGAGCCUGAGAGAUGACACAGCUAGCCUUCAGUCCACUGACCUUGACUGCCCAAGUGUAAGUUCUGACUCCACAGACCAGAGCCCUGCAGGGGAACACUAUCAAGCAAUACUCGGGGAACUGAAGGCCACCGCUACCCAUCCUGCCAAACUGACACCACAAGACACAGACCCUAACAAUAGCUCUCCUGACCAGGGGACCAGUAAACUUGACCAAGGGGAGGCAACUCCAGUGACAGGCAGCUCCAGCCAAAGUAGCUCUUCUAAGGCUACACCUAAAGCCACACCUAAUCUGUCUCUAGACCUUAAGAACACAACAGCCCCGUCCAGCAGUGGGUGUACACCCACGCCUGACAUCUCGGUGACACGCUACAGAAUGUCCUCUUCCUCCUCCACGACGACCUCAGGCCCUGACUCCUCCCCUCCCUCCCCUUUUUCUUCCCCGGAGCACAGCACAGGUAACUCACCUAUGUUCCUCUGUCCUGACACCCCUUCAGAGUGCAGCUCCCUAUCUGCGGAUGUCUCUCACAAUCUCACCUUUCCUGAUAACUCCAUCAACUAUUCCAAAGACAGAAGAGAGAGAAGAACUGCUAGGGAUCAAGUCUGCGGCGUGUUCUCUGUCAACCUCAGUCAGAUGCGAUCACUGCGGCUGUUUUACAGUGACAAGGAGUGCACACGAGGUCAGGUGGUGAUUGCCAGCAGAGAGAGCCAGUACAAGAUCCUACAUUUCCACCAUGGAGGCCUGGACAGGCUGGCAGAGAUAUUUCAGGACUGGAGUCUGUUUGCCCAGGAUCAGGAUAAGAAGAGGGAUGGGGAAUCCCCAUAUCGACAGUUCCUGAUAGUGCGCCCUCAGAUCACAGAUGACCAGUGUCACCCUGAGGAGGGACUGUUUGAGAUGGUCACUGAGGACAUGUGGAGGACACACAUGAAUGAACAGGGGCAGAUUGAGGAUGUCUUCCAACUGAGGAAGGCCAUAUUUUUCGGAGGGCUGGAUGCUUCUAUCAGACAGGAGGCCUGGCCAUUCCUUUUACAGUAUUAUCCCUUCUCUUCCACAUUUGAGGAAAGAGAGGUCAUCCGCAACGACAAGUACAUAGAGUACCAAAAUAUUCGAAAACAGAGGGAGUCCAUGUCAGAAGAAGAGAUGAAGGUAUUCUGGAGGACAAUACAGUGUACAGUGGAGAAAGAUGUGGUCAGAACUGAUAGAAGUCACCCAUACUUCAGAGGGGAAGAUAACCCAAACAUAGAGGUGCUCAAGAACAUUUUGCUGAACUAUGCUGUGGCUCACCCUAACAUGGGCUACACCCAGGGGAUGUCUGACCUGCUGGCCCCCGUCCUGGCUGAAAUACAACAUGAGGCAGGGGCAUAUUGGUGUUUUGUGGGCCUCAUGCAGAGAACCAUCUUCUUCAGUUCUCCGAGAGAUACAGACAUGGACAAGCAAUUGAACCAUCUGAGAGAGCUGCUGAAAGUAAUGCUACCAAAAUUUUACCAACAUCUUGAAAAGCUAGGUCAAGACGCUAUGGAGCUGCUGUUUUGUCACAGGUGGAUUUUGCUAUGUUUCAAGCGCGAGUUUCCAGAGGCAGAUGCACUGCGGAUGUGGGAGUCCUGCUGGGCUCACUACCAGACUGACUACUUCCACUUGUUUCUCUGUGUGGCUAUCAUUGCUAUAUACGGAGAUGACAUCAUAGAGCAGGACCUGCCAGCUGACGAGGUUCUGCUUCACUUCAGUAGUCUGGCCAUGCACAUGAAUGGGGAUGUGGUCCUCAGGAAGGCUCGAGGUUUGCUGCACCAGUUCCGAAGCCAACAGCGUAUCCCCUGCUCCCUGCAUGGUCUGUGCCUGUUGUGCAGUCCAGGCAUGUGGGACAGUGGGCAUGUUCCUGCUGUGUAUUGUGUGGGAAACCACCCAGAUGGGGAAUGUCCUUACCACAGCCAUCCCAGCUCCCCUGAGGAUGUCAGUCAGCCCUGAAAUAUCACAUAGCGCGCAAGGUCAAGCUGUGAGUGGCGGAUGUUCCUAUAUCAUAGACAAAAGAAAGGAAGAAACCAGAAUUGUCAUCUUUUUUGAUUUGUGUGUUAUGCUGAAUAUCUGUUCACUGACGCCAGACAGGUUAUGGGUGGAAGAAACCAAAAAAAAAAAGAGUUGAUGAACAAAUGAACUAAAUAACCAUGCUGUAAAACUGCUAUUCCAGCAUUUAAAUAUCAGACAGUUAAAGGUGUAAAAAGAAGGCUUUUGACAUCUACGGGGAUAAAAACUGUCCAUAAAAUUCCCACCUUAGCAUUAAGUUCUGUACAGAAAAAAAUUGAUUCGUGAAACGUAUGUCAAAUAUUGUUUUUAAUAUUCUGACUUGGUGACACUUAUUUUAGUCAACAUGAAUCUCUGUUAAAACUGGUGAUGAGUGUUAUAAAGGGAUGUCUUUGUGUUUACUUUCCAGUAUGGGUUUGGGUUAUGUAUAGCUUAGAAAAGUUUCUAGCAUAAGGUUUAAAAUUUGAUUGGUGUGUGUACAGUAGUACUUUUGUGAUGAAGGAAAAAAAAACGAUUGGUUAGAUAGAUGUUAGGUGUAACAUUCCUAAUUCUUAAAGGGUUACUUAUCUAUACUACAUGUGCAUGUGCGUAGCUUGUGUAGAGUAGUACAUGUAUAAUUGUGUGCUAUUAUGCACAGAUGUCUGCCUCAUUUCCCUCUCAUCGUAAUAUAUCUAGUGGAUUUACAUGUAUCAUACAUUUGAUGAUUAAUAAAAUAAACAUGUUAGUAUUCGGUGACUUCUCCUGUAUGAAUGUCAUUAUGCUAAAAUGUAACUGACCAGUAGGGCUUAGACACAAACAUUUGACUGCAGCAUUUUCAAGUGAUACAUGCUGCUUGAUUUUGACCACCUAAUAGAACCAUUUUUUUUUUUGUGAAGUUUGAUUAAUUUCUUCUCAGAAAAGUUCAAGUGUUGGCUUCAAAAGUAUCAUUUUAAAGCCUUAACUUGCUUC